GAGAAGUUGGAAAGGUCGUACCCCGUCACUCCUUUACAUUCAGAAGCUCAGUGGCCCGCUUGUCAGGAUGUCGGACGCCUGGGUCUCCGGCCUCCUCACGCUCGCCUUGUUCUUCAGCCUACAGCCCAGUCUCCAACGAGUAAGCGCCGAGGAGCUUCUAGUCAGAUGUCACUUUUUAAACUGCCCCAGAGGAUUCGUAUGCUGUGAGAGUAGGUGCUGCAUGGAGAAAAGCAUGUGGGACCUCGCCGAUGACCCUUUCAGGAUCUUGUUCAUUAUCUUCCUGGUCAUGGUGCCCCUCUUGUGCAUCUGUGGCCUGGUGAAGCGCUUCUGUCACAAGUGCAGAAAGCCGGAGCAGAACCACAGAAUGGAUCAGCAGAUGCCUCCAGAACCGUCCUCCCUAGACGCCAUCUGGGUCACCACUUUGGAUCCUCCCCCACCCUACAGCCAGGUUGUUCUGAAGUCAAUUCCCACAGAACCACCUCCACCCUACAGCCUCAGGCCUGAGGGCCUUGCUGACCAGAUGAGAGAGACAACCCAGCCUGUUGAGCUACCUCACCCACAAACCUCUUAGAUCAAGCCCCAGGACUUCCAAAGGCUCUGGACUGAUUCCACGCAUCCAAUCAUGUCUCUGAUCUUCUGAUUUAAUUUAUUAUUUUUAUACCCCUGUUCCUCCCCAACCGGCCUGUGAGAGCUGAGCUGGAUCCGUAGUCUUUGUCCUAAUCCCACACCAAAGGCUGUUGAGACUUUCAAGAAUUGGGGGUGCCUGCAGUGGGAUGCGGAGAGAUCCGUUGCUGGUGGAAUGCAGAUCCUGACUGGACAGCUUGCUCUGCCGCCCUGAGCUACUUGGCCUGUGCCUGGAGGAGGCUGAACUGUGGACUCUGAGCCACCUUCCUACAUACCUGGAUAGAGAAGACCCCCACUGUAUACCUCCAUAGCAACGCACAAAACACAUGUCCUUUCCUAAAGCUUCACCGGCUCUGUGUCUGUGGCCGGGAAGUGGUGAUGGAGACAGUUCCAAGGCUAAUAAAACACUUCCAGCUCCUGCCAAGUGGUCAUGGACUGUGUUGAUUGACCAUCUGCCUGGAAGGAUCUUGCAUCCAAAAAGUGGAUGAAUGCUUUGACCUUCGGUUCCUUGGGACCUGGGGACACUAAAGAAAUGAACUGGAGAGCUCUCCCAGUCCUGUCCUGGUCCUGUGAUCUGCUUUCCUUGGAGACUAGAACUUGGAGAAGCAGGUGUGGUUAGACACCUGUGGAGCCAGGCCCACAGACUGCUAGCUUCCAGACUCCUCUCCAGGAAUGCCCUGGAGGGAGAGGGGUGGAAGACCCCACCCUGCUCUUCCUGCUGAGCCUGGGCUCUACCUUAGCUCCACCCACAUUUAACCCCUAAAGGGAAGAAGAUACUAUCCUGUAGGCCCUACAGCAUAGCUUGGAGCUGGGACUCUCCCUCAGGGGGGGCAGCAGAAGACAGGUCCUGCUGCCUCGGCUUGGGUGGGUGGGGGAAGGGGUGGUGCUAGGUAUCUCCACUUCACCCUUGCUGCAGAGAAGAGAAGGCCAGCCUUUCUCUCCAGACCAAACCUCACUGCCUAGGUGUGCAGGCGGGGUGCUUCUGACCGGAUCCUCGAGACAGUGGUGCCUGGGGCCACCGCUGAAGAUUCCAGGACAGGCAUUCCAGCAGAAUUCAUGCCCUGGGGGAAAGCAGUAGUGCUGACAAGAUGGCGCUGGGGGUGACAGGGAAAGGAAUGCAGCUGUAAAAGGUUUCUGCCUUGAUGUGGCUGCUUCUCCUUAGGGCUGGGGCUUUCCCUGCAGGAGGUCACCUCAGCCUUCUUGUCACCUGUCACCAAUGAUGGUAUAGAACUUUUUAAUUCAGUGGUAUGGCCUGCAGGGUGUGUCUUUCCCGAAGCUCGAUGGCUGAAAAAUAUUAUAUUUUAAAUGUGCAUUGGUAUUUUGUGAGGGUGUCAGAUCCCCUGGAACUGGUGUUACAGAAGGCUUGUGAGUGUUGGGAAUUGAACCCGGGUCCUGGAAGCCCAGCCAAUGCUCUCAACUGCCGAGGCACCUCUCAAGCCCCCUGGAGAAUGAUUCUAUCCCCACAACUUUUGGUGAGAGUGGAAGAGAUAUCACCUUUUCAGAGGUGACCUUGCAUUAUCCACUCAUGCCACCCAUUUUAUAAGGCACUAUGCCUGUCCUGGGUAUCCAGGAUGAGACCAGGUGCCAUUCUACUUCUGAGGACAAGCUUGCAGAGAGUCCCACACUCUAAAGCUCAUGGGUGGGCUGUGACCCAUGGGAGCUUGCUCUGUAAGACAUGCACCCACACUGAACACCACCCGUCCUACAUCUUCUUGUCUUUUUACUGUUGCAAGAAAAAGCAAGUUGAAGGGCAGCGUUGAUUUGUAAAAUAAACUCAAUCUUUACAUUUUUGUAAA